AUGGCUCGUACUAAGCAAACAGCUCGUAAGUCUACUGGUGGUAAAGCCCCCCGUAAGCAACUCGCUACCAAGGCUGCUCGUAAGUCUGCCCCCUCUACUGGUGGUGUCAAGAAGCCUCAUCGUUACAGACCUGGUACUGUCGCUCUUCGUGAAAUCCGUCGUUACCAAAAGUCUACUGAACUCUUGAUCCGUAAGCUCCCCUUCCAACGUCUUGUUCGUGAAAUCGCUCAAGACUUCAAGACUGACUUGCGUUUCCAAUCUUCUGCUAUUGGUGCUCUUCAAGAAGCCUCUGAAGCUUACUUGGUCUCUCUCUUUGAAGAUACCAACUUGGCUGCUAUCCAUGCCAAGCGUGUCACUAUUCAACCCAAGGAUAUUCAAUUGGCUCGUCGUCUUCGUGGUGAACGUUCUUAA